ACAAGAGUAGCUUUCAAAGACACGGAAGAAGAACUGCUUUGAAAACAGUUGUGGUCUAACGGUCAAGCGGAAACAUUGUGACUGAUGGAAUAUUUGGGUCAUCAGGAUUAGAAAUACCAAACCCGGAAGUACUCGAGCGCAACGUUUGCUGUAACGUUUGCUACUAUACUAUGAGAGAAAUCAUUGUUUGUAAGCGCCGAAACCACUGUUCAGGACAGCGCUAAUGCGACCAAACUUCCAGAGACAUUAGCCAAGGUUGUAGGAGAGUGACUAAAGAUGGUGGACAUCGACAAGUCUUCGACGCAUCUCCCGGCCAUCGUACGCGGCCUACACGACAUGCGGACCGCCGGAGUUCUCACCGACGUGACGCUGUUGGUGGACGGGCAGCUGUUUCCCGCGCACAGGAAUGUCCUGGCCGCUGCAAGCCCGUACUUCUACGCCAUGUUCACCGGCGGGCUGCACGAGGCCCGGCAGAAAGAGGUCGCCAUCCACGGUGUGGACCAGGACAUCAUGGCGCUUCUCCUGGACUUUAUCUACACGGGCACGGUUUCUCUCACUCCGGACAGCAUACAGGAGGUGAAGGCCCUUCUCCAGGCCGCUGACCUGUUCCAGAUCGGUAACCUGCAGCGUGCGUGCGAGGAGUGGCUGCUGCGGUUCCUGACAACGGCAAACUGCGUCUCGCUGUACUUCCUGGCGGGAACGCACAACUGCGGGCGGCUCACGCGCGCCGCCAAGUGGAUGCUGGGGGGGAACUUCACAGAGGUGAGUGAGGGAGAGGAGUUCCUGAGUUUGGGAGUAGAACAGCUGGUGGAGCUCGUGUCUGACGAUUCGCUGGAGGUCCGUGCGGAGUCGGAUGUGUUUGAGGCCGCCAUGAGGUGGCUGGAGCACACGGGGGCCGAUGGGCUCGUGGCCGACCAAGUGCUGAAACAUGUGCGCUACUACCUCAUAGAUCCCCAGUACCUACAGGAGAAGGUGCGAGCCCACAGCCUGGUGAAGGACUGUCCCGAGACCCUGAAGCUCUGCGAGGCUGCUGUACAGGUGAGGGGCUGGGACGACGAUGUGGACGGUAACGCAGCAUACGCCGAAUCUCUCGGGCUCACGACGGAUCUGAGGUUCGGCAUGAAGGGCUGCAACACCAUCCUGUUCUUGGGCGGAGACCCACACAAAGACUUUCCCGACCGGAGCGUCUGUAUAGCCUACAACCCCCACGCCAAGACACAAUACCGCCUGCCGCUGCCUUACAGCGCCUCGAAUGCCUGUGCUGUUGUCACGGAAGACCAGAAACUGUAUGUCGGCGGGGGAAACGUUGAGGACGCCAACGCCAUCGGACACUGUAAGCCCUGUCGGUUGUUUUUCGUUUACGACGCGGUUCACAACGUGUGGUUGGAGAAGGCGUCCAUGCGCGACAUACGCACGAACUUUGCCAUGGCGAGCGUGGGGAAGAGCGUCUACGCGAUGGGCGGGAAGAACUUUCUCGUGGGUUACAUCGCGGCGGUGGAGAGAUACGACCCGGACACGAACGUUUGGCAUGCAGCGCGACCUUUGCCCUACGCAAUAAGCGGGCACACUGCGGUGACGGUGGGCGACUGCAUCUAUGUGCUAGGUGGCUAUGCAAGGCGUGUGGUCACCACGUCCACGAUCAGGUACCAGCCCGCGACCGACACGUGGACCGAGCUUGCGCCCAUGUCCAUUGCCCGGAUGAAGGCUGGCGUGGCGGCUCUCGACGGAAAGAUCUACGCGGUGGGGGCGUGGCAGGGCCAGGUUACCAUGGAGAUGUACGACCCCGAGAAGGAGAAGUGGGAGCCGGGCGUGGUGCUUCCCUACAACGUGGUGUCAGGAGUGGGAUUGGUGGCGCUGGACGGGCGGCUGUAUCUCUGCGGCGCCGGGGAGGGGGGCAUGCGGGACGUCUACUUCUUCUCGCCCACGGACCUCCCCUGGCCGUUCGGACAGUGGUGCCUGAACGAGAGGGAGGUGGUGAGGUUUGAGAACUUUGCCUGCACUACGGGACGUCUGCACCUGGAGGGCCUGGAGUGUAUAGCGGACAGGCCGUUGCAGAGCAGGGCGGCGGCGCGACUUCAUUCAGCCAUUGCUGGUCAUCACUUCUUUCAAACCAAGUAGUUAAUACUUCAUGCAGCCAUGAUAUUGUUACUGUAUUGUACAUACAUGUACAUGACUCUUUGGAGGGACUGGAGCGUAUAGCAGACAGGUCUUUGCAAGGCAGGGCGUCGUCGCGACUUCAUUCAGCCAUUGCUGGUCAUCACUUCUUUCAAACCAAGUAGUCAAUACUUCAUGCAGCCAUGAUAUUGUUACUGUAUUGUACAUACAUGUACAUGACUCUUUGGAGGGAUUGGAGUGUAUAGCGGACAGGUCUUUGCAAAGCAGGGCGUCGUCGCGACUUCAUUCAGCCAUUGCUGGUCACCACUUCUUUCAAACCAAGUAGUCGAUACUUCAUGCAGCCAUUGCAUUGUUACUGUAUUGUACAUACAUGUACAUGACUCUUUAGAGGGAUUGGAGUGUAUAGCGGACAGGUCUUUGCAAGGCAGGGCGGCGUCAAGACUUCAUUCAGCCAUUGCUGGUCACCACUUCUUUCAAACCAAGUAGUUGAUACUUCAUGCAGCCAUUGUAUU